AUGGUGGUCCAGUACGCCCAGCGCGAACCGGUGGCGAUUCGCGGGCGGACGCAAACCUCGAUUUACAUUGUGCGGUACAUUGGCCAAAUGCUCGCGCAGCUCUUUGUGGCCUUUAUGCUCAACGGCAAGGUGUACGCCGGGUCGUUCACCUGGUCGACGACGCCAAACGUCAUGUACGGCAUCUGCCUCGUGCCGUGUGUGCUCGUGAUCCCGAGCACGAUCUUCUUUCUCGUCGAAGUCAAGGCCCCCCGCGUCCCGUUUACUCAAUGGACCAAGGGCUUUUGGAGCCUCCUCCAGCAGCGCGUCAUGUGGCAAGUCUGCGCCUUCAAGUUCUUCAACACGCUCUUCGCCAACUUCAGCGCCACGCCCGAGUCGCCGAUCUCGCGCACGUGGGCGCAUGUCGAGCCGCUCAACGACUCGCUCUCGGGGCUCUUUGGUACGGUUAUCAACAUCCUCGUCAUGUCGGCCGUCGGCAAGUGGGGCCUCCAGUGGAGCUGGCGCUGGGUCAUCGCGCUCGGGACGCUCGGUAUCAUCACGGUCGAUGCGUUCGUCAUGUUUCUUACGAUUUGGGAAGUCGUGCGCAACCAGUGGUUCUUCACCGGUGUCGCGCUUGCCGAGAACGUGCCGUCCGGUAUCCGGUUCAUCGUCGCCACCUACUGCGCGGUUGAGAUUGCCGAUGUGGGCAACGAAGGCGCCACGUAUGGCCUCGUCACGACGGUCUCCAACCUCUCGAGCCCCGUGGCGAGCGUCAUUUACAAGAUCAUCGACUCGUACUUUGACGUGUCCCAAAACGACAUUGGCCGCGACGACACGCAUGUGCGCUGGGAGGUCACGUACACGUACCUCAUUGCGUAUGCGGCCAAGCUCUUUGCGCUCGUCUUCCUUGUGUUUUUGCCGCGCCAAAAGGUCGAAAUGCAAGCGCUCAAGAAGAACGGCGGGAAGAGCAAGGUCGCGGGGGCGAUCCUCGUCGGCGGCUUCUUCGUCGCGCUCUCGUUCUCGUGCGUCGUCGAUUUCAUGUCGAUUUACCCGUCGACCAAGUGCUAUCGCAUCGUCGGCGGCAAGGGCUACACGCCCCAAGGCAAGUGCAUCAAGUAG